AGUAAGAUAAGACUGACGGCAGGGCUCGACGAGAAGAAGUGAAAGCAACAGGAGAGAGUUCACAUUAGAGGAGCUGAACAACAAGCAAACCACAAAACGGAAGCAAGGUGUGACAUAAAGAGAGAAAAAAGUUUUAACUGUCAGUAGCUCGGUAGUUGUGUUUCCUGUUUCUGGAGCUUUCUGGAGGCGCACUUUAAAUGCAUUCGUCCCGGUGACGGCUUCUACACGACCACAGCAGGAGACGCCACAGACAUGGAAAAUGGGAAGAGCCGCCUGCAGCAGGCCCAGGACGACGUGGAGGAGGUGAAGGGCAUCAUGUUGGACAACAUGAACAAGGCCGAUGAGAGAGGUGACAAACUGAACGACCUGGAGGACAGAGCUGACGAGCUGCUGGAAAAGAGUAAACAUUUUGAAAAGACUGCGAAUCAGGUGAAGCAGAAGAAAAGAUGGGAGAACAAGAAGAUGAAACUGGUGUUCAUUGGUGUCGGAGUGGUCGCUGCACUCAUCAUUAUCGGACUCAUAAUCUUUGCCAUUGUUGAUGGCAAGGGCAGAGAGUAACGUGAUGAUGGGAUCAAAACAAAGACAUGGGGGCUGAGGGACACGAUGUGGAUGAAGAGACGCUGUACAGACUGUGGGACUCACCUGAACUUCUCAGGAUGUGAAGAAUGUGUGUUUGUUUCUAUUUAGUGGGGGCUGUCAUCCACUUCCUGCUUGGUGUUAGCCUUCAGUUGAUAUGGUACCAUUGAUUGAUCGGCUGCUUUGUAAUGAUCAUGUCUUUGUUUGAGGAGGUUAGAAGGAGACACACAUCAUCCUGAAGUUAAGAACUGCUUCGGAUAUCUCCCCAUCAAUUCAAGGAAAUUAAAGAAUUUCAAUAUUUUCAACCAAACAUCAUUGUGCUGCUCACUUUCUACUUCUUUAUCGUAUGGAUCGGAUCCCAAACAAGGCCACCACUCAAAGGAAGAAGUCACAGAAUCCAUUCCCCUGCCUCGGUUUCUGAUUUGGUUUGACUCAACUGUCUGAAGACGAUGGAGGAGAAAACACUUUCAGUUCAUCUCUUGUGUAAAUAUUUGCAGCCUGAUGUAGUUUCAAAUCAGAAACAAUGACCUGAUGUUCUGUCUCAUCCAAUCUCUCUGCCUCUAAUAAAAUAAACUCCAAAUUGUCUGCA